GAGGUGGCGCGUUUCCUCGCCUCGACCCUUGGCGCCCCGUCGCGCAUGCGCUGCGGCCCCGUCUCACCAGCAGCGGCGAAGGAGUUUGGAAGUUCAAAAUGGCCGCCGCGGUGGAGUCUGUGCUGCGGGAGCCCGAAAUUGAAGAUGCAGAUAUUUCUGAGAGAAGUGUCAAUGAAGAAAAUGGUGAAAUAUCAGAAGGAGAACAACCUCAGAAUAAGCACAGCCGACACAAAAAAAAGAAACACAAACACCGAAGUAAACACAAGAAACACAAACAUUCUUCAGAAGACGACAAGGACAAAAAACAUAAACACAGGCACAAACAUAAGAAACAUAAACGGAAAGAGGUUGUUGAUGCCUCUGACAAAGAAGAUGGACCAGCAAAAAGAACUAAAAUUGAUUUCUUAGCUCCUCUAGAAGAUUUGGAAAAACAAAGAGCAUUAUUAAAAGCUGAACUUGAGAAUGAGUUAAUGGAAGGAAAAGUUCAGUCUGGGAUGGGGUUAAUAUUACAAGGUUAUGAGUCAGGUUCUGAAGAAGAGGGAGAAAUCAAUGAAAAGGUGCGAAAUGGCAAUAGGUCUUCAACUAAAUCAUCAAACACUAAGGGGAAACUAGAGCUUGUGGACAAUAAAACAAGUUCCAAAAAAGCAAGUAAGAAUGAAUCAAAAGAACGGACUAGGCACAGAGCUGAUAAAAAGAAAAGCAAGAUAGGAAUUGACGGAGUGAAAGAGAAAACAACUAGAAGCAAAUCAAAAGAGAGGAGAAAAUCAAAAAGCCCAUCUAAAAGAACUAAAUCUCAAGAUCAAACAAGGAAAUCAAAGUCUCCAACCCUUAAAAGGCGCUCUCAAGAGAAAAAUAGAAAGUCUAAGUCUCCUCCAGAGGAUAAGAAUAAAGCAGAUGAUAAGAAUAAAGCAAGAGAUCGCAGAAGGUCUCCAGUUGUAAAUGAAAGCAAAAGUCGAGAUCGUGGCAAAAAAUCCAAAUCUCCAAUAGAAUUAAGAAGCAAAUCCAAAGACAGAAGGUCACGAUCAAAAGACAGGAAAUCAAGGAGAUCGGAGACUGACAAAGAGAAGAAGCAAAUUAAAUCUCCUUCAAAAGAUGCUUCUUCAGGGAAAGAAAACAGGUCUCCUAGUAGAAGACCUGGCCGCAGCCCUAAAGGAAGAAGCUUAUCUCCAAAACGUGAUAAAUUACGAAGAAGCAGAUCUCCUCUCCUUAAUGAUCGCAGAUCAAAACAGAGUAAAUCACCCUCUCGAACUCAGUCUCCUGGUAGAAGAGCAAAGAGCAGAUCAGCGGAAAGGAAACGAAGAGAAUCAGAAAGGAGGCGUCUUUCUUCUCCCAGAACCCGACCUAGAGAUGAUAUUCUCUCUAGACGUGAGAGAUCAAAAGAAGCCAGCCCACUCAGAUGGUCACCAUCCAGAAGAAGAUCUAGGUCUCCCAUCCGAAGGAGAUCUCGUUCACCACUCCGACGCAGCCGGUCUCCAAGAAGGAGAAGCAGGUCUCCUCGGAGGAGGGAUAGAGGUCGGAGGAGUAGAUCUCGGCUUCGAAGGAGGUCUAGGUCACGGGGUGGUCGUAGACGUAGGAGUAGAAGCAAAAUUAAGGAAGAUAAAUUUAAAGGAAGUCUUUCUGAAGGCAUGAAAGCUGAGCAGGAAUCCUCAUCAGAUGAGAACCUUGAAGACUUUGAUGUAGAAGAAGAAGAUGAAGAAGCCCUGAUAGAGCAGAGAAGGCUACAGAGACAAGCAAUUGUUCAGAAAUACAAGUACCUGACUGAAGACAGUAAUAUGUCUGUGCCAUCUGAACCAAGCAGUCCUCAGAGCAGCACACGUAGUCGUUCAAAUUCACCAGAUGACAUUCUAGAACGUGUAGCUGCUGAUGUUAAAGAGUAUGAACGGGAAAACGUUGAUACGUUUGAGGCCUCUGUAAAAGCCAAACACAACCUCAUGACAGUUGAACAGAAUAAUGGCUCAGCUCAGAAGAAGCUAUUAGCUCCUGACAUGUUCACAGAAUCGGAUGAUAUGUUUGCUGCAUACUUUGAUAGUGCUCGUCUUAGGGCUGCUGGCUUUGGAAAAGACUUCAAAGAAAACCCCAAUCUCAGGGAUAACUGGACUGAUGCAGAAGGCUAUUAUCGUGUUAACAUAGGUGAAGUUCUAGAUAAACGUUACAAUGUUUAUGGUUACACUGGCCAGGGAGUUUUCAGUAAUGUAGUGCGAGCCAGAGAUAUGGCCAGAGCAAACCAAGAAGUGGCAGUCAAAAUAAUCAGGAACAAUGAACUUAUGCAAAAAACUGGUCUCAAAGAACUGGAAUUUUUGAAGAAGCUCAACGAUGCAGAUCCUGAUGACAAAUUUCAUUGUCUGCGAUUGUUCAGACAUUUUUAUCACAAACAGCACCUCUGUCUGGUAUUUGAACCACUCAGUAUGAAUUUACGAGAGGUACUGAAAAAGUAUGGAAAGGAUGUCGGUCUCCACAUUAAAGCUGUUCGGUCCUAUAGCCAGCAGUUGUUCCUGGCAUUAAAACUACUUAAAAGAUGUAACAUCCUACAUGCUGAUAUUAAACCAGACAAUAUAUUGGUGAAUGAAUCUAAAACCAUAUUAAAGCUUUGUGAUUUUGGAUCAGCUUCACAUGUUGCAGAUAAUGACAUCACACCAUAUCUUGUCAGUAGAUUUUAUCGAGCUCCUGAAAUUAUUAUAGGCAAAAUCUAUGAUUAUGGUAUAGAUAUGUGGUCAGUAGGCUGCACGUUAUAUGAACUUUAUACAGGAAAAAUACUGUUUCCUGGCAAAACCAAUAACCAUAUGCUGAAACUUGCCAUGGACCUCAAAGGAAAGAUGCCAAACAAGAUGAUCCGAAAAGGUGUAUUCAAAGAUCAGCACUUUGAUCAAAAUCUCAACUUCAUGUAUAUAGAAGUAGACAAAGUAACAGAAAGGGAAAAAGUUACUGUCAUGAGCACCAUUAAUCCAACUAAGGACCUGUUAGCAGACUUGAUUGGGUGCCAACGACUCCCUGAAGACCAGCGGAAAAAAGUACAUCAGCUAAAGGACUUGUUGGACCAGAUCCUAAUGUUAGACCCAGCCAAACGGAUUAGCAUCAACCAGGCUCUGCAACACGCCUUCAUCCAGGAAAAAAUUUAAAUCAGAUGAAGAAGUCCAAAGGGUUUGAGUAGUUAAGAUACAAAGACUGAAGAAAUUUCACAGCAGUUUAUUAAUGUAUAUAAACAUAAAUAUUUCCCCCUGCAAAGUUGAGGAAGAAUGAUAUAUUUGAAUUAACACCAAGGCUGAUAUUUCUUUUAGAAAUGUUAGAGUAAUUCUGUUUGUGUCUUAUGUGAAAAUUUUCACUGUAGAACUGUUUUAAUUGCCAAGACUGCACACAAGUACAAUGCUAAUGUAUAUGGUUGCAGUUCAUAUAUUAUAAAAAAAAAAAAAAAAAGCUUGUUAUAAAAGAACAGUAAUACUGGGUGGUUGAUUUGUUCUUAGCAGACUUGGCUUCAUUUUUGUCUUUAAAAAAUGGCCAGCAUAAAUGCUGUUUAUAUUCACGUUUUCCUAGGUGUGUGUGUGCAGGCCACAGCAGCAUGCCCUUGGUGUAGUCAGUGCCGAAGGGGGUCUGUUCCUUCUUGAGCCUGCCUGCAGGGAUGGUCUCCUCUUUUAAAGCAGGUUGUGUACAACUUUCAGUACACUGAAGGCAUAAACCUUCCACUCUUGAACAAAGCAGCUGCUUUUUAAAAGCGAGAGAAAGGAAAGCGAGGCACAGGCCACUCUACGCCUACUCCAUGGGUCUGAUUUGAUGAGACACCAACUUCACCUUCCUAACAAGGCACAAACAUGCACACUUAGUGCAAUCAAGGAUGGAAAAUGAGACUAAGCAGUCAUUCUGCUGGUGGGGUGUUCCCCACCAAGGAGAUGUAAUGAACUACAAAGCAGGCAGGUGAUGGGUGAUGUUACAUGCCUAUUUUGAACCUUCAACCUGUCUUUUCUCAGUUUUUAUUUUAAUUUUUGGUGAAAAGUAAAUCUGUUCCUACUUCAACAUAUUAAGUUUCUUGUUCAUACAGGAAAUAGAAUGCAGAUUUCACUCUUACUGAAAUGAAGAACUAGAUACUUGUUAGCUAAUUUCACACAAAGAAAUUUGCACUGUUAUGGUGACGCCUAUAACAUAUCCAGCACUUCUGGUGGCAAUUUUACACAGAUGUAGUGAAAUCCUAUUGUUUCUGUUGAUUUUGACCAUUAUUUUGUAUCUCUAUUUAAGAAUCGUGAAAUGAGUUGUCAGCUCCAAUAGAAACAAUGCACCUUAUACCUACAGAACUUUUAAAAACUAUUCUAAAGAAGAAUAAAGUUGCUCGUUUACUUGUUCUUUGUGUUGUAGGUGCCGCUCAAAAGAAGAUGAUGACCACCAGAAGACAUGAACAAAGGUUUCUGUCCUAUAAAAGAUAUGAAAAUAUUUUUCAUGUUAUCUGUCUAAUCUUUCUGUUUACAGCAUUCAUUAGCACUAUUGGUAAUUCUAAGAAUAGUCCUGUUGUGAUGGUAUUUAUUUGUAUGAUGUGCUUGUUUCAUUUCUGGUCGAUGUGAUUUUGUUGUGAUCAAAUGUAGGAAGAUACACAAUACUGUAUCUGUAACUUUCUUCUAAUAGGAGAAAUAUUGGGUAUGAUACUUUUCCUUUAGGAAGGAGUCAACCAAAUUUGUCGGUAAAAUAUAUAUAUUUUAGCAUCACUGAUGUUUUUAUGAUUUUACUAGCAGAGGAUAUAAAAUUUUGUUCCCAUAUUUUAUUGUAGCAAGUGCAUUAUAAAUGCUAAUACUAUCUCUUACUUACCUUUAGCCAGCAGAGCAAACAUUGUAACUAGGGGGGUGGGUUAUGAGAAAUUGUUGAAAAACAAGUGGAUCCUGGUCCUUGGCCCUCCUCCAGCUCCCUUUGUGCUUUUCUGGCAGAACAAAGGAGUUGUAAUUCUGGCUUGAACAUCUAGCCAAAUGGUUCCCCCAGCAUGGAAGAUUUCUGAGUGGUGUAGAGACAUAAUUACCUAUUUGCCUCCCCUCUCCCUCUCAACCCUUGGUGUAAGGGAGAGUUGGAUGUGUGAAUGGAGUGGUGCUGAACUCUGCUGAUUCCCAGCUGUGGCAAACUGGUACAAAAUAGAAGAAUCCCUGAAGCUGCCAUUCGCAGUUGGCUUUUGGAUGAGGGUGGUAUACAGCUGUUUUUGCUGCCUCCACACCUUGGGUCUGGUGCCAAGUGAAACUUGGCUGAACCCAAGCAUUUAACCCAUGAUCUGUGUCUCAUGGUGACUGAAAAUCAACAAAAAAACAAACUAAAAGUGCUUUUGAAUCUGGGCCCCCAGAUGAGAAUUAAAUGCACUGGAGAUGUAUGCUAAAAAAUCCCUUUACUACUUAUAUUUGUUAUGUAUGUUGCUUAGGUGAAUACAUAUAGGUUGACAAAAUUGAAAACCAUUUUAAAAUAAAUUUGUUAAAUGAAUUUUGAUUUUGAAUCAUUACAUUUUUUAAUAAUGUUUUUCCGUCCAUAUAUAGGGUAAGUGGCAGUAAACCUCUGAAGAACCUUUGAAUAUAUUGAUCCAUACACAGAAGGCUGAUCAUUCUGUGAGAAUACAGGAGAUAUAACGUAAUCUUCUACAGUGUAUUAAGUCAUCAACUGUAACUCAUAGUUAUAGCAGCAAAUGUUCAAAGUGGCAAUUGCUUCAAGUUAAUAAAAUAAGAUUUUG